UCACAAUUCAGUAAACUCCUGCCAGUACUUAAAUUUUAGACGUGAUGAAUCCUCAAUUAACCGAAAUUAUUUCGCCUCGGCACCUCCGUCAAAGUCCCACUAGAGCCACCGUCAGCAGAAUACAACCGCCAAGUCGCAACCCUGGCCAAGCACGACAGCUUCGACCACCUGGUUCUGGUGUUCCUCCAGGGGGACUUGCACCACCUCGUAGCGACAUCCGAGCGCCCAGUGGAGCAGCACUCCCAUUGAGUCGCAACGCACCUCCGAAAACGCCGUCCCGCUCAAGGUUGGCUCCGCCACUUGCUCAAAGGCAGUUCCUAACUUCUACGCUACAGAAACCAUCGUCAAGUACCGAAAUCCUGCUGAAAACUCCUCGAAGAAUGCUACCCCGACCGGGGGAAGCCAAACUCAUACCACUUCCAGGAUCAUCGAAGCUAGCCGCAAUACCAAAACCAACGAGACUUCGACCACCAACCACUGCUCAUGUUGCAAUCCCCGUUGCUCGAGUGGUGUCUACAUCACUGCUGCCUAAACCGGCGUAUAUUAAAACACCUAAGCUCAUCCCAAAAUCGGUCCCGCGUGGAGAUUCACAGCUAAGAACACCACUUACCCGAACCCGACCCGCUACCACGCCUAGUUCUACUGCGACGAUAAAACCUCCCACUUUGCGAACUACACCACCCACUCCACCGAGGCCAGUUCGGAAGCUUCAGUUCGAUGAGACCGCCGUCACAUACAAGGUCGCUGGACGGGACGUAGAGUUUGUUGACUGGGCCCCGACACCCUCACCGAAGGCCACUACCGCUAAAACGCCAAUUCGCAAACCUGUCCAGAGACCUACUCGGGCAGAACCUAAGCAGAAAAAAAUAUACGAGUUCCCCGAGGAACCCUCAGUGAUUGCAACGAAACAGUUUGCGGGAACACUGAGGGCCGAUUUGAAUCGGCUUCAGCAGGCGACCGCCGAGAUGCAGGAGUUGAAAGCUAAGAAAGGUGCAAUUCUGGAGAGACUCAAGACAAUUUACACCCGAGAAAGUCGCCCUCUGGCAGAAACUGAAACGCUGGACAUGCCAGCGUUUCGCGAGAGAUAUGGUGUAACGCAAAGUCCGAAAAUGAGACAACUCCUAGAGGUCACUGCCGAGUGGAAUCGAGAGAUUCUUGAAAAUCGGGAGUUCGAAGAAAAAAUAGCACAAGCGGAAGCGAUCGCUGCUAGACAAAGAAAAAGUCUACGACCGGAGUUGGGUUGCAUAAAGGAAUCUCCGGGUGAUGUUUCGCCCAACUUUGAAGCAAGACGGGCACAGCGUGAGUUAGCUCGACGCGAGAGAAUCGAUAAUUAUAAACAACGUGCAGAGUGCCAGAAAGAAUACCGUAGACUACUUGAGGAACGGAAAAAGCACGUUUCUAGUAGAAGACCCUAUUCCAGAGAGGAACGCGAGGAUAUUCGAAGGCAGUAUCAAGAAGCACAGGAAUUUACGUACAUUGCUCCAACCGAGGAAGAAUUGGAUAAGGCCAUAAAAAUGGCAGAAAUAAUGGAACUGACAGAAAAGGGAGUGUCACUGACCGAUUCUCCUGAAAAAACUGUUGAAUGCUUAUUUCCCGAGACAGUUCCCACGACGGAAAUAGUCGGUGCCGCUGGUGACGCAAUAGUGCCUGAAAACAUUCCAGUCGAAGAGAUAAACACAAUAAACAGCUUGGAUCGGGCAACGGCUGAGAUAGCACUGAAUGCAAGUCUGGUCCCGGCACCAAGUGAAACUGCUGCCAAAGUGGUGCUGGAAAAGAGCAUGCAAAAAAUAGCGACAAAAGCAAUACAAGCAGAGCCCCAAAAGCUGGACAGUUUCUACGACAUUGAUUUGAAACUCAAUCGACCCAAAAAAGAGAAUUUCAUUCAGUUGCAGGGUUCAUCACUUCCGACGUGGUUCCCGGGAUAUCAUGUCAUAUUUCCCGGCUACCCAGGAUUGAUACAAACUACAAAUUCACCCGGUUCGGUUUUACUUACCGCGUCGAGGAAGUUUCGGCCGUCAUCUACAGCGUCGAUGUAACUUUGGAUGAAGCAAACACAUUGCUCGUAUGACUUAAAUGUGAAAAUAUAUUUUGAUAGAACACCAUUACUGUCCUGUCCCACAAAAAUAUUCU